CCAUCAGGCAGAUAGGAAGUUUUCAUUCAUAAGCCGCCAGCAGCAGAACACAGUGAGACCACCAGUUACCAGCUCAUUCAAUUACUACUCGUAAACCAAAAAGCACGAUACGUCAAAUUUUAGCAUAGUGUACGUAUAACUAUAAACUGUCGGGAAUUUUGUAUACUGGUAACAGUGCCCUAACCUGCAUUCAGAAAUUUUUUUACCCACUCACAAGUUGCACAUCGUCGGUGUUAUAAACAUUUUUUUCGUUGUUUUAAUUUCUUAUUUUGGUGACUGUUCUGUGCGUGAUUUUAAUAGACUAUAUAAAAUAUAUAUAUAUAUAUAUAUAUAUAUAUAUAUAUAUAUAUAUAUAUAUAUAUAUAUUUAUUUUAUUAUAUUCUAUCAAGAUGAUACCUCAAGAUAUUUUAAUGGUUCUUAUUCUCUACGUGGUUUCAUUGUUACCAGAAUAUACAAAAGCGUCAUGUUAUUUCCCGCAAGAAUUUCAAGGGGAAUUCGCGAUGCAAAGCACUACAACUCCCUAUCACCCAUCGCCAGGCAUCGGAAUACAGUACAGCAGCCUUAAUAUUACGGAAAAUUCGAUACCAAUUUGGGGUAACUGUCACCGCAGGAUCGGAAACAACUUCAUCCUCAUGUUCAAUUACAGCGAAACACUUUGUGUGAGAUGCUUACACCUGAAAUUACGUUCCUCAAACGUCUUACAAAUAUUUGCCGCCACUAAAGAACCGAUAUCCAAGUGUUUUAUAAACGAAGAAGCAGCAGAAGCAAAUUGUCCGUCAGAAGAUUCUUUGCAAAACAAGGAAUCCACGGAAAUUUUAUUAUUCAAAACUAAAGAUAAUUUUGGAUUGUAUACAUCAACACAAUAUUGCCCAAUGGACGGGAAUUAUAUUCUCAAUUAUAAAGGAACUUCGAGAAAAAGCCCCAACGAAUGUAAAGGCUAUGUUUCUGUAGCUAACUCUUGUCCCUCUGGUUCGGAAUUAAACGUUAGACUAAGAAAUUGCACAUUCGAAGGUUAUGAUAUGAAAUUUGAAUGUCUUGGUCACUGGAAAGGCAAUAACGGCGAAAUCUUCGUUAUUUUCACGGACAGCAGACACACGAAAAACCUUAGACCCAAGUACAGAUGUGCAGUUUAUAAGCGAGAUCCGACAACUGGUAAAAUACAAAUGGCGCUUAGCAGAGAUUCAACUUGCAUAACCGACCUUCAUAAUAUAACUAGCGGUUUCGAAACAUUCUCGUUGACACCAAGAUUAGAGAGACCCUGGCCAGCAGAAGUUUCAUUUGAAUCGUGCAGCUUUCCCCAGUGGAUGUAUGGUGACUGGGAACACGUAAACGUUACACCUGACACUAUGAUUUAUAAAGAUCACACUUCCUUCAAAACCCAUACCAUUAAAUGUGUAGCUGUAUCAGAUGCAGGUGACAAGUACUUGGUGUUCAGCAGAACGCAAUGUGAUGAAGAAUAUUACAAUUGUGUGAAAAUAGCUAAUAGAGGAGGUAAUAUUUUAGAGUUUCAACUUGGGACUAACACCAGUACUAAUAAAGAUGACGUUUUUACUUUAUGCGCAAAUGAAAACUUCCAACCAGAUUCUUGGAUAACUCAAGGCCGUUUGGAAAUACCCCCUACUAUGUCCAGCGAAAUGUGUCCCAUAACUGGCGAAUAUACAGGACGGAUUCCAGAUGCUACCGAUUUAUGUGCUAAACUAUGGUCUGACUGUAGAGCACCAGAAUAUAUGUAUUAUCAGGUAUCUCAUUGUGAAACUGAAGAAAUUUACGAAGAAAGAGAAUAUCAGUGUUUGGGCCAUUGGAGAGAAAAGAGAUUUUUAUACACUUACACUGCACGAAGAGACGUAGCGGCUGGUACUUAUGAAUGUUUCGUAGGAUCAAUUUUCAGUGAAACCGAAAUUUUCAUUAAAGAAGCUGGGGAACAUUGUCAGAGAAAUGUUGAUCCUUCAAGAUAUGGAAUGAAACUUAUUAAGAAACAACCAUUAUAUUCUUGCAUAGAAAAAAGUACAACGCCUAGACACAUUCCUAGAACAACAACCAAGUCAGCGAGACGUAAAACUACGGCUGUUAGUAUUAAAGAAACUACGCCCAUACCAGACAUUGAAUCCAACGAUAUUCCGGAUAUUCCAAAAGAAGAAACUAACCACUCAGGCACAUCUUCCAUCAUCAGUCAGCUUCCAGUUGCGAGAUAUUUAUUAUCAAUUAUUUUGAUUUUUGUGUAUUUCUAUAAUUAAUAUGUUUUAAUAUGGAACAAACUUUCCGCAGAAGUGAUAUAAGCUGUGGUCUUGCCAAAUACAGCAUCAGUAAUUUGAAAAAAAAAUUGCACAUCACACUAAGAAAUAUGACAAUAAUACUUAAUAGGGUUACUAGAAUUAAGUUAACAAAUAACUUCUUUGCUAAAAUUCAUAUAGGAACCUUUCUACCUCUGUGAUGAUGUAAAUCAACAAUAAAACGAAAUUUGGUUAGCUAUUUUCUGAAUGUUGUAACCCUGGUUUGCGAAAUAAUUUCUGUCACCUAUUUUUGUUGGUACUCGUGAUUUAUUUUUAUAUGAAUAUGUCAGACAAGAGAAUUAUAUCGAAUAGAAAAUUUAAAAAAUUUAUCAGAACCUGUUUAAAUAAAAUUUACUAUUAGAAAAAUGACCGUUAUUUUUAUUUGAUUUUUAAAUUAUGAUAUAGGUUAACAUGUCUAAAUAUGACAACUAAAAAAAAUUUACAUCGACACUAAAAAAGCAAAAAGUAUACUUAUUGACAUUAGAAUUGUUAGACCUAGAAGGAAUAAUGUUUUGACUUCGAUUUUUUGGCUUAUAAUCACCAUCAACUAUGUAUUUUUAACCAAUUUUAGAAACUCAAACAUUUUUUUAAAAAAACUUGUUUACUAAAGCCUUUGGCUUCUUUUCAUGUUUACUUUUUCCUUUGAUUGUGUACCACUGUCCUCUACAUUAAACUUGAAAUUAUGGCGUGACUACACGGGUCAUCAUAAUUGAAUCCUAUCAAAAAUGUGGAGGAUUUGAUGGGGAAGGAACCCUCGUUGAAUACAUUAUUUUCUUCCAAGUUCAUGUUAAUGAAAUUUCUAGCAAAAAACAA